AUGUCCUCGAUAGAAGGCGCAGGCCGGCCUGAAAACGGGGCAGCAGGGAGCUCAGCAGAGGUGGGUAGCAGCGUACCCGCGGGUUCACUGGCAACCGUCGAUUCGAACGACGCUAGUACAUCAUCAGCGGCGGAGAGGGGCGGAGCGGCGGAAAAAGCGGAGCCAGCCGCGGAACCGGCUCAGCCAUUGGCAGAACUGGCGCAGCCAUCAGCGGAACCGGCGGAGCAGCCCGCGGACGGCCGAGUGCUCUCCUGCGCCGAGGAAAGCGGGGAAAGAGAGGGUAACGAAGGUUCUCGUAACGAAUAUACGCCGACAGGCUCCGCGGAAUUGGCCCCCGCGGGGUUGUCCCCCGCGGAGUUGGACUCCGCGCCGUUGGACUCCGCGGAGCUGGCUUCCGCCGCUUCCGCGGACACCGCGGAGGGUGACCCUACCGCUCCCAGCGCCCCCAGCGGAGAGGCCGUUGCUAGCGCCGAGGAAGGUCAGAAACCGGAAAACGCUCCUUCAAACGAGGAUGCUUCUAGCGCGGAUGACACGUCAUCCGUUAGUAGCGAUCAGCCGGAGCCGCCCGAGGAAUUCAUCUGCCCGCUGUCCCUCGAUAUAAUGUUCGACCCCGUUAUAGUGGAAUCCGGGCAGACGUACGAGCGUGCUUUUAUCGAGCGCUGGGUCGCGGACGGCCACAAAACGUGCCCCAAAACGCGCCAGCCGCUCCCGUCCGGCGCGAUUAUACCAAAUCAGAUCCUCCGCGCGCUGAUCACCGAUUGGUGCAAGCGGAACCGCGUUGCGCCGCCGACUCCGAUCUCCGCGGACGAUGUCGCGCUCGCGUUCUCCGCCGGCGGCGCGAAGGGCGCGGAAGGGGGCGCGGGGGGGCUGGCGGCGCAGCGCAGGCGGGAGUAUGCGGCGGCGGCGGUGCGCGCGGCGGCGGUGGCGGUGGAAUCGGAGCGCAGGCAGCGCGCGCUGAUGGAGCAAGUGAUGGCGGACCGCGCGGCGGCGGCGGCGGAAGGGCGGAGGGCGGUCGGGCGGACGGGGGACCGCGCGGGAGCGGACGAGCUCGCAACGCGUCAGGCGCGCAUCCAGCAAAUGCGCGCGGCGGCCGCGGGGCAGGGGCAGGGGCAGGGUCGCGGAGGGGGGAACGCGGGCGCGGACGCCCGCGCAACUGCAGCUGGGGCGGCUGCGGGGACGGGAAGGGAUGGCGGGGAAGGGAGAGGGGGACAGGCGGGGCGGGGGGGAGACAUGGGGGAAACGGCACAAAGAACCGCUAGGGUUUCCGCUGGUGCUUCCGCUGGUGCGCCUGCAUCUGCCGAACCUCCCUCCAGAACUGCCGCAGCUCGCGUGGCGGCUCGGACGGCAGCUCGGGAGGCCGACAACGCUGAGGACCAGUACGGGAACGGGAUUCCGGACCACCUGCUAGCAGGCUUGGGCGGAGGCUCGGGAGGAGGUUUGGGAGGGUCCGGCGGAGCCUCCUUCGCCCCCUCCCCCCCGUCCCCUCUCCCCCCGCACCCCCGCGGCUCCCACUCCAAAACCCCCUCCUACGCCUCCUCCUCCCACGCCCCUACCUCCUCCACCUCCCUUACCCCCUCCGAACCUCCCGAGGAAUUCCAAAUGCUAGAUGUAGACAACCUAGUCAACCACAUGCGCACCGGACCUCCCGAGGAAAAAGCCGCAGCCGCCGCCCUGCUCCGCGUCAUGACGCGGCACGGGUUCGCGUGCGGCCGGCGGGUUUUGGAAGCGGGCGGCGUGGGGCCGUUGGUCGAUCUCCUGUGGUCCGACGACGAACCGACCGCCGAGCACGCAACCACCUCGCUUUUCAACCUUGCUCUAGAAGCUUCCGCAAGAAUGCGUAUCGUGGUUACCACCGGGAGUAGAGUAGUGGAAGGGCUUGUUCACGUGCUUUCCUGCGGUGCGCCCGCUGCGAGAGCCAACGCAGCAGCAGCUCUCUUUCUCCUUUCCCGCGACACCGGCGCCAACAGCAGCAUCAACAGCGGCGCCCGCGCCGCAGCCGAGGCGAAUUCGUUUCGCGAGGCGGUGGUAACCGCAGGCGCGUUACAGCCGCUACUAGACCUGCUCCUAGACGGUCCCACCCGCGCGAAAAAAGACGCGGCGAACCUCCUCGUUUCCCUCUGCAUGGCCCGGCCGAACCGGUCCAGCGUGGCUAAAGCCGGUGCAGUGCGGUGCUUGUGCCAGUUGCUCAGCGAGGGGGUAGAGGUGGUAGAAGAGCAAGCAGCAGCGGUGUUUGCGGCUCUUGUGAGGGAUCCCGAGGGGAGAGAGGUGUUGGUGGAGGAAGGGGCGGUGCCGGCGCUGGCUGAGUUGGUGGAGGGGGGUACUCAGGGGCGGGCGAGGGAGUAUGCGGUGGGGACGCUGCUGGGGCUGGGCGCGAGUAACAGGGAGUGGCUCGUUGCGAUUGAUGAGGAGGGGAUUUCGGCAUCCGUUGACGUGCUGACUCGUGUUGGCACGGGCAAAACGCAAGCCAAGGCGGCAGCACUGUUGGAGCUCCUGCGGUCGUGUCAG